GGGCGGGAUGACCAAUGGGUUCAAGCGCGAAUUUACUGACCGGAGGGUCCACAGUUCGAACCCGACCUCUGGCUCUCGAUUACCCCUGUCUAGGCUUGGGCAUCCUGGCAGUAUCCCAGUCCCCGUGCAACCUUCGGGUGCAUCUAGUGAUGGAUUUUAUUUUACCGUAAAUCCAAAUGAUCAAGAUGUCGAAGAAGGACAACCUCUCAGACUGCGAUGUGCAGUUACCCCAUCCAAAGAUAUUUAUUACUCGUGGUUACACAAUGGGGAUCGUGUUGACACGGAGAAGGAAAACGGACGGCGUACACUGGAGGUAGACAGUAAUUUGCAAAUACUUCACGCGGAUCGCGAUCUCGACCCUGGAACAUAUCAGUGUCAAGCGCUGAAUCGAUCUUCGACAUUUACCACAGCUAGCCAGGAGGCCAAGGUCAACAUUUAUUGGAUGGAACCGGAUGUUCAAGUUCGACUAGUCAGGCCCACUCGGUAUGAAGAUAUACAGCUGGGACAGGAAUUGGAGUUUGCGUGUCAUGCAAGCGCAAAUCCUCCACUCAGUCCAUUCAAUAUCAAAUGGUAUCACAACGGCAACGCACGUUUACCGAACACGGAAGUUCGCCAGAACGGUAACCUGCAUAUUGCCGUCUUGGGUGUGGAACACAUCGGAAGCUACCACUGCCGGGCAGUACACGCGGCCGGGAAGUUGGAUAGUCGACCGCCGUUCGUUAUACAAUUCAACGAUGCCAGUCCACCACAGCUGGUCACAACCCUAGUACACGAAGACUUUAGUAAAUUUGUCAUGCGGGGACGAUCGGUGGAGCUGAUAUGCCCAAAGAUUGGUGCUCACAGACCGGUCGAUGGAAUCCCUCCCAUAACGGUUUGGGGCUAUAUGCCAAGGUUAGGAGAACAGCAACAGUCAAUUACCUCUAUACGUGACACGAAACUGGUGGAUAUGGAUUCCAAACUGGUCAUCACGAACUUUGAUAUACAUCACGUAAACUACUAUACAUGUGAGAUCAGCUCGUACAAUUCACCGGAUAAAUACGUGUUCCUCUUUCAAGUGGAAAUGGCAACACUGUACACGCCUACACGCGCGGACUUUUCCCCUCGACUAAAGAAGUCCCAACCUUAUGUUGUCAAGAUUAACGAUGAUGCCGAACUUCGUUACUAUUCUGAUCAGUCCCCUGCCAAUUCGUUUUUCGCUGAUCAAAUGUCGAACCCCGCCCCAAGAAUCGAGUGGCACAAGCAAGGUGAACACCAACCUAUUGUUCCAUGGUCACCACCCGCGCUCACACAUGGCCCGGUGACUCACACUCCACAGAGGCCAAGACGGUAUGCCCUCCGAGGACGACAUUUGAUUGUGCACCAAGUUGCUGAAGCGGAUUCUGGUACAUACGAAAUGACAUUGUCCAACAUUGUUGGGCGUGUCUCAAUCGCGUUUGAUCUUCUAGUAACAUUUCCUCCGGAAUUUUAUCAACCGUUGACACACGAGGAACACUCAUUCGACGAGGAUGAAACGCUUACUCUGAACUGCGGAAUUAAGCGACGUGCUCUUCCUGGUAGCGUAGUCUACUGGGAGAAGGAUCAACGCGUUCUAAGAAAAUACGACAGCCAUUUGGUUCUCGAAGAAAACGGGGAACAAAUCCGUUUCACCAAACUUAGGCCCGAAGAUCAGGGACAAUACCAGUGCUUCGUCCAAACAGAUGGCUAUAAUAAACGUGCUGCAGGUCGAGAACAAACGUUGGUCGUCAAAGGAAAAUUGCAAUUCUUGCGUGAAAUUCGGAAACAUUUUCUGGAAGUCAACACACAAGGCCGCAUCCCUUGCAAAGUUCGAGGUUACGGGACGCUCAAGAUUGAGUGGUUCCGGAAAGUGGGAAAUCGCCCGUCUGAUUUUCUGCCAAUUCAUCCACCAAAUCAAGUGGAGCCAGGUGGCACGUUGGUCAUUCAAUAUGUGCGGAAAUCUGACGCUGGAGAAUAUGUGUGUCUUGCUCACUCGUCCUACAAAAAUGCUCAAAUCAAUAUGACGGUUAAUGUGGUUGUUGGCGAAAAGCCACAGAUUUCACAGAUCAGCUCAAACCAAACUGUGAGUGUUGGAAAACAAGUUGUACUCAAUUGCCACGCCACCGGAGAUCCUUUGCCUCAAAUCAGCUGGAUUGCGAAGAGGAUCGGUUUCACACUGUACACGCCGAAAUUUGACCCGAACGAAAACGGAACUCCGGAAGCCCAAUCUAAUAGGGGUUUGCAAUCUUCCAACUCCGAACUACAACAUACAACAAAGCCCGAUGGAUCGAUGCAAGAUGAAGCCAAUUCGGAUCCAGUAAUGGCCGCUCUGCUCUCUCGAAAUGCACCCACUGAUCAGAGUCGUGUGAAAGCCUACCCAAACGGAAGUCUGGUGAUUAACCAAGCAAAUUUACUUGACCAAGCGGAAUACAUUUGUGUGGCGAAUAACACACAUGCAGUUGAAGCUCGCUUAGCCGCCGAGGACUACACGAGGCAACAACUCGGAGAAGAAAGUUCCGGUUCUAGUAUGUUGAAAACAAUUCUAACCGUUGUGGGUUGUGCCGUCACCUACUUGGGACUCAUCAUCGCGUUGACCGUGUUUUGCAGUAUGAGAAUGGUCCGAACACGUCGGAAACGGUCACACAAAGUACCGAAAGUGCAUGAAAAUGGCCAGCUGCUGACCCAACUUGGUGAGCCAAAUUGUCCAAACGGAGCGACCGGGAAUUCGCAAGACAGUGGUGGUUGUCACGCCAACACACUUGAUUCCGGUUUCUUUUUGCAAGGCACCGGGUCCGGUGCUAGUGCACCGGGAAGUGCAUCAUUUGGUCCUUUGCCAGGUCAACCGCAGAUUUUCCAUCCGCACUAUCAUCGUGCCACAGAUCCUCUACUUGGUACCAUUAGUAGCGGACGUAAUUACCAAGACUCCGAUGGUCAUCGAAACGUAACUUCCCAUUCAAGCAUUACGCCAAACGGAAUGGGAUCUGCAUGCUCUCAACUUCCGUCUGUCAAUCAACAAGAUAGUCAGGAAUGGUGGCCCUGGAAGAACCAGGGAUUUUUUAAUGCCGCUGAAAUGCAACUGAAAGUUCCACAUGGAACACCGGCCAGCCCUUUGGAAAUGAUAUCAGAACCCAAUCCAGAUAGUGUGGGAAUGAAUUCCCAUGAAUAUAUGCACUCGCAUCAAAUGAACAUGCCUGGUUGUGCAUAUAUGUACAAUGGUCGUAACAAUGGAGUCGAAAAUAGUACCAAUGCCACGACAGCUUCUGAUUCACAACUGAUGUCAGCGCCACCUCCAACUCCAUUGGAUUCACGCUCGCACUUCAGUGGGAUCUCAUCAGGCAAUUCUACCAGUUUAUACUCACGUUCAUUAUUGAGUGGUGCUUCAAACGUUGGACCAUCCCCCAGGGGGGAUGGUGCACAAACAGUGAACGAUAACUACUCACCCUAUGGCGUUGUCAACGGCGCAAGUACCAUCAGUCAAGCAGAGCGGAUGCAUUAUCCACGCUGUGAGCUAAAGGUUGAAGGAAUACUGGGAAAAGGCGUAUUCGGAGACGUGUUUCUGGCACGCGCACGCCACAUCCAAGAAGAAGAGAUGCAGUCAUUGGUCCUAGUCAAAUCGUUGAUCUCUCAUGAAUCUAGUCAUAUCAAUGAGUUUCAUCGCCAAUUGGAAAUGUUCGGCAAACUGAAUCAUGACUGUGUGGCGCGUCUCUUGGGAGUAUGUAUGGAACAGGAACCAUUCUACAUGCUUCUGGAAUACUGUGAAUGGGGUGACCUGAAAAUGUUCCUCCGUCGAAUUCGCGAGAGCGACGCCCAGACAUGCAAAUUGCUAUCGGUUACUUACGCACAGAAAUUGAAAAUGUGCCACAAACUUGCAUGCGGCAUGGAACAUUUCUCCCAACUACGUUGCGUUCACCGUGAUCUUGCUGCCAGAAAUAUCCUUCUCACACAGGAAAUGGAUCUGAAGAUUUCGAGCUUAGGUUUAGCUCGUGAUGUCUACGCCUCAGAGUACUACCACAUACCCAAUGGUGACCAGUUCAUCCCCUUGCGUUGGCUAGCUCCGGAACUAAUUGUCGAGGCACUACCAGUCAGCCGCCCUGGCGUGAAUGCUAAUCAGCUAGACUACGGGCAUUCAUUUGCUGGUCCAUCUCUGCCCUAUACCAUUCAGUCUGACGUGUGGGCGUUUGCCGUUGUUGUCUGCGAGAUUUUCUCACUCGCCACUCUACCGUUAUCUCGCCUAACAGAUCAAGAAAUCAUUGUGGCCGGCCGCCACACUGCACUGACCGCGCAUGAAAACAUCGCAAAAGACCCGAAUCAUGUUCCUUUGCGGCCAGAUAUUCCGGCUGAAAUUCCGCCGGAGUUGAGUAACUUACUGUUACGUUGUUGGUCUCCGGUGGCACGGCAGCGGCCUGAUUUCAGGGAAGUUGCCUCUGUUCUCCGUGAUCUUGUUCCAUGAUUUUCGAAUAAGACGGGCAUUUGGAUUUUUAGAAAAAAGUUUCAUUCGCCUACACGUUGCCUCGGUUCUGGAUCAGCUUCAGUUUACUUUUCUCCGUUAUGUGGGAAAUCAGGGUUUAAAAUUCUCCUAUCUCCACAGCUUACAACCAUAAAAGCAGGUAUACUGAACUCUCUUAUUUGUAAAUAUGUAUUGCAUAGCUCAGUACUGACUAUUUGAGUUCCCUCGACUUGUGACCGGUGAACGUUCUACAGCUGCCCACAAAUUUCCAACCUAGUUUCCCACUACUUACCCACUACGUUACCAAAUUUUCCCGAGGUUGUACUCGGUGUAGUAAUUUCCUUCAGCCACCCAUCGGAAGCCUAAUGUCAAAUGCCCUUGGGACUGUUGCUGAGAGGUGAUUCAGACGACAAACAGCCAAUAAAAUAACGACCGGAGUAGUUGUACAGCCAUCGCCCAUACACAGCUCCACAUAGGUGGUGUCUCUCUUGAUACCAGAACACCAAAACACAUUUCCUAUCAGCUUCCACUUGUCACGUUCUCUUUGCGAAAUUUCAUAACCUGAUCUUCAGUUGCAUUUUAUCCGGUAUAUUUUGUACAUAUUUGAACGAGUCCCUGAUUUAUUUCUCCCUCCCUUUCCGUUUCAUCUGUAUAAUAUCUGACAUUUCGCAUGCGUUAAACACAGACAUACAUACAAGGACGACUUUUCCCACAAUUCUAGCUUUGUCUCAUGCGAAAUGCCAACAGAGUGAUGU